AUGGACGAAAAAGAGAAGAAACACCACAGCAAGAAACACAGCGGGCCCAAGGCUAAUAAGAAAAAGAAGCGCCAUUUGCAAGACCUUGGCCUUGAAGAUGAGGAGGACGCCCGGAAGAGAAACCCAAAGGCCUUUGCGGUCCAGUCUGCGGUGCGGAUGGCUAGAACAUUCCACAGGACUCAGGACCUGAAGACGAAAAAGCAUCACAUUCCAGUGGUAGAUCGCACGCCCUUAGAGCCACCACCAGUGGUGGUUGUGGUGGUCGGACCUCCGAAAGUGGGCAAGAGUACCUUGAUAAAAUGUCUCAUUAAGAAUUUCACCAGGCAGAAGUUGGUUGAAAUCCGGGGUCCCGUCACUAUCGUGUCAGGUAAAAAGCGUAGACUAACCAUAAUUGAGUGUGGAUGUGAUAUUAAUACCAUGAUUGACCUGGCUAAAGUUGCUGAUCUGGUAUUGAUGCUUAUUGACGCCAGCUUCGGAUUUGAAAUGGAAACCUUUGAGUUCCUGAACAUUUGCCAGAUACACGGCUUUCCGAAAAUCAUGGGUGUCCUCACACACUUGGAUACCUUGAAGAAUAACAAACAGCUCAAGAAGACUAAGAAAAGGUUGAAACACAGAUUCUGGACUGAAGUGUACCAGGGUGCAAAGUUGUUCUAUCUUUCUGGGAUGGUACAUGGAGAAUACCAAAAGCAGGAAAUCCACAACUUGGGGCGCUUCAUCUCUGUGAUGAAAUUCCGUCCCCUUACCUGGCAGAUGUCUCAUCCGUAUGUUCUGGCAGACAGGAUGGAAGAUCUGACAAACCCAGAAGAUGUCCGAGUUAAUCCCAAGUGUGACAGGAAGGUCUCUCUUUAUGGCUACUUAAGAGGAGCGUACCUGAAAAACAAAACCCAGAUACAUAUACCAGGUGUCGGGGACUUCACAGUGAGCGAUGUCGCAUUCUUACCGGACCCCUGCGCCCUUCCUGAGCGCCAAAAGAAGCGGUCCUUGAACGAGAAGGAGAAGCUGAUCUACGCCCCGCUGUCGGGUGUUGGAGGUUUAGUGUACGACAAAGAUGCUGUUUACAUCGACCUCGGGGGGAGCCACGCACGUCAGAAGGAGGCGGAGGAAGCGAGGCCAAAUCACGAACUGGUCCAGAGCCUCAUCUCCACACACGCCACCAUUGACACCAAGAUGGCUUCCAGCAAAGUCUCUCUCUUCAUGGAUUCCAAGCCACUGAGGACGGAGGACGUUGAAAACCAAAUGAUGUUCACCAUGCCGAAAGAAGAUAAGAAAAUGGACACGCUCACUGGGAGGAUGCGUCGGAAGGCAGUGUUUGAAGAUGAAGACGGCGAAGAUGGGGAAAGCGAGGAGGAGGAGGAAGAAGGAAUGUCCGUGGAUGAGAACGAGGAAGAGAGUGAUAGUGAGGAAGAGGAGGAGGCAUGUGAAGAAAAAGGUGCUCAAGAUCUCCCGGAACAGGAACCAGUUCUGAGAACCUGCAAGUGCCUUAAAAAAGAGACGGAACAAGCAACUCCAGGAGAGCUCCCUGCUUUUGCCGACAGUGACGAUGAUCUGGAGAUGAGCUCUGGUGACGAAGGAGAAGCCGUCCUUAACGAGAGGUUGAAAGGUGCAGAUGGAGAAGGACAAACAAGUGAAGAGGAGGAGAAUACUGACUCUGAAUUGACGGCCAGAAAUACAAAUCGGUUUAGUAGGCCCAAGCGCCAUGAAACCGACAAGAGAGACGGAGAACUGGGACGUCGUCGCGAAAAGGUUGCUCCUACUACAGAUUCUGGAAAUGGCACAGCUGAAGAAGCAUCGGUGUCCGAGUUGGAAGAAGACUUCUCCUUGGAGGAGGAGGAGGAGCAGGAGCAGGAGGAGGAAUGGGGAUCAGAGGAAGACUCGGAUGCUGAAGAGUCCAGCGAAGAGGACAUUCAGGAGUCUGAAGGGCAGAUCGUUGGAAAAAAGAAACCUGAAUCCAGGUCCAUAAAAGAGGAGGAGGAUGUUGAAGGUCUGUUGAAAGAGGAAGAGGAGUAUAAAGAAGCAUCUAACUUUUCUGUGGACACAGCUGGUGCACUUAAAUGGAAAGAAGGCCUUACCCAAAAAGCAGCAGAAGCAUUUCUCAGGCAGCAGCAGUCGGCUCCCAGUCUCCGGAAACUGAUUUAUGGGACAGUGGCUGAGGAUGAGGAGGAUGAAGACGGAGCAGGCGAAGAGCUCGGGGGCUUGUUCCGCGUCAGUCGUCCCGACAAGGAAUCCAGGCGCAAAGCCGACGGCCUCGACUGCUCCAAAUUCCCAGUGGAGGCCCCCAAAGAUUGGGACUUAGAUGAGGUUAUGGACAGUAUCCGGGACUGCUUCGUGACAGGAAACUGGGAAACUGAUAAAGAUGCUGCAACACUGUUGAAAGACGACGAAGAGCUAUACGGUGAUUUUGAAGACCUGGAAACCGGAACCGUCCACAAAGGCAGACCAGCCGAUCAAGGAGAGGAGGCAGCAAGCAAAGAGGAAAAAGAGGAUGGCGAGGGAAAAGGCAGCGAGGAAGACGAGGAGAAGAAGCGACAGCGGAUGGAUAAGAAACGCAAACUGAAGGAGAUGUUUGAUGCCGAGUACGACGAAGGGGACGCCACGUACUUUGACGAUCUGAAGGGGGAGAUGCUGAGACAGGCGCAGCUUAACCGGGCCGAAUUUGAAGAUCUGGACGACGAGACCAGAGUUCAGUAUGAAGGCUUCCGGCCCGGGAUGUACAUCCGGGUGGAAAUUGAAAACGUCCCCUGCGAACUGGUGCUGAAUUUUGACCCCCACUACCCCAUUAUCAUGGGUGGCCUGGGAAACACUGAGGGAAGUGUGGGGUAUGUGCAGAUGCGCCUGAAGAAGCAUCGCUGGUAUAAGAAAAUACUGAAGACUCGUGACCCUUUGAUUCUCUCGCUUGGUUGGAGGAGGUUUCAGACCAUCCCCGUGUAUUACAUUGAGGACCACAACGGUCGUCACCGGCUGCUCAAGUAUACACCGCAGCAUAUGCAUUGCGGAGCGUCGUUUUGGGGUCCGAUCACUCCGCAAGGGACGGGAUGUCUGGCGAUCCAGUCAGUCAAUGGGGCAACGCCUGAUUUCAGGAUAGCCGCUACCGGAGUCGUGCUUGACUUAGACAAGUCAAUAAGAAUUGUGAAGAAACUAAAGCUGACAGGCUUCCCAUUCAAAAUUUACAAGAACACAGCAUUUAUCAAGGGGAUGUUUAACUCUGUCCUGGAAGUGGCCAGGUUUGAAGGAGCGGCCCUCCGGACGGUGAGCGGAAUCCGGGGACAGAUCAAGAAGGCCCUGCGGGCCCCCGAGGGAGCUUUCAGGGCCACCUUCGAAGACAAGCUGCUCAUGAGCGAUAUCGUCUUCAUGCGGACUUGGUACCCGGUAUCCAUCCCGACCUUCUACAAUCCGGUCACUUCCUUGCUGAAGCCUGUGGGGGAAAAGGAUUCUUGGACCGGCAUGAAGACGACCGGCCAGUUGCGGCACGAGAAGGGCAUCAGGCUGAAACCCAACAAGGAUUCCCUCUAUAAGGAAAUUGUGCGAGAGAAGAAGCAUUUCAAUAAACUGCAUAUCCCCAAAGCCCUUCAAAAGGCCCUGCCAUUUAAGAGCAAACCUAAGAAUCAGGAAAAAAGAGCCAAGGUCACCAAGGACAAGUGGAGACCAGCUGUUAUCAGGGAACCUCACGAGAAGAAGAUUGCAGCCCUCCUCACAGCGCUGGGCACGGUGCACAACUACAAGUUGAAGAAAGCCAAGCUGAAGCGUCGCCAGCAGGUCAAAGAACACCUCCAAGUGCAGCAGAAAGAGGAGGAAGCGAAACUCAAGCGGCAGAAAGAAGCGAAGAAGAAACUGUUUCGGAUCAUCGGGCAGAGGGAGAAGAAGAGGCAGAAGUCGAGCCUGAAGGGGUCGGCGGCAAGGGAGAAGUGAGUUUCUAGCUGCU